AAUAUUAUUAUUAUUAUUAUAAGCAAUUAACGGUAGUAAUUGCUUAUAAUUGAUUAUUAUUAUUAUUAUUAUCAGCAAUUAUCUACUUUUAUUUCUGUAGUGUGUAUUAUUAUAAGGAUCAAUUCCGGAAACUUGACUAUCUAAAAACUGCGAGCCGCAAGCCAAUUUUUUAAACUCCAGAUUCCAAUUGAUUAUAGCCUUGUCGUGAGUGUGUAUAAAUUAAAAUCCGGAAAUGAUCAUAGUUACAAUGUGAUGUCGUCGAUUAUCGCAUAUAUUUAUUGUUAUUGAAUAACAUUCUCAGUUAUAAUAUUGACGUUGUGACAGAUUGACAUUUUGACAAAUAUAAAUGUUAUCCUGAAACAAAAAAUGGUUGUGUUGUGACUUGGGAUAUCGGGAUUACUCUAUUCCAGGGCAAAUGUUGUCCGAAUUUAUAUUCAUUUUAUUAUUGAAAUUCGGACUUAGUUAGAGAUUUGAAUUAUGUUUCUGAAUAUAUAUUUAUCUUGUAUGUAUAUAUAUUAAAGCAUGCCAAGGAUGUGAUUAUGUGUUUAAAUUAUGAAUAUUAUGUGUACAUAAUAAUUGAGUAUAUAUAUAUAUGUGUGUGUGUGUGUGUGUGUGUACACAAUUAUGAAUUAUUAUUUUUCUCCUGUAACUACUGCAAGUAUUCUAUUCUACAUCUCUUUAUAACCAAAAAUAUUUUAUUUCUCUUCACUCGAUAAAUAUUUUGUUCGCACACGGGUUUUUCUAACCUUCGAAAGAUUUUAACAAAUAUUGUUUUCAUUUUCCUGAUUAGAAAAGAUGAACUGAGAAACUCUAAAAAUGGUUGUUUUGAGAUUUUAAAUUACUCUGUCCUAUUUGACUUGUAUUUUAUACAAGUAUAUUAGUUGCAUGAAUUGCAUUAUACUAUUCCGAGCAUGCAAAACCCUUUCAAUUAAAUCAUUAUUCUGACAUGUGUACACUUACAUACGCUCAACGAUAUCUUAUCAACUGGUGUUUUAUAGAACUGAUUUCCCUGAAAAGAACUUUUGGUUAAGAUUUCAUAAAUGCUGAACUGUUAAGCCUGUUUUCUCUACCUUGAUUUUACACAUGUAUGUGUGUGUGUGUGUAUAUAUCUUAAUAUUCGAUUGUGAUCAAUUUGUGAAACCAGUUUAAAGUUGUGAAACAAUGGGGGGUAAAACAAAGUCCCAAAGGAAGAGGGAGAAGAACAAGGCUAUUGCUGAAGCAUACCAAAAACUCAAAGCUGAUUACGGAAUCCUCCUCAGAGAAAUCACAAGCUUGAAACAACAGAACGAUCCUACAUACAAUGGUGGCCAAUCUGACUACUCCAUCUGCAAUCCUACAUACAAUGGUGACCAAUCUGGCUACUCCAUCUGCGAUCCUACAGACAAUGGUGGCCAAUCUGGCUACUCCAUCUGCGAUCCUACAGACAAUGGUGGCCAAUCUCGUUACUCCAUCUGCGAUCCUAUAGACAAUGGUGGCCAAUCUGGCUACUUUAUCCAUGAUCCUACAUACAAUGGUGGCCGAUCUGGCUACUGUAUCUGGAAUCAUGUAGACAAUGGUAGCCAAUCUGGCCAAUCUAGCUCCUCCAUUUGUGAUCCUACAUACGGUACUAGAUAUAAACCCAAGCCACCUCAGCUAUGUCCUCGGUUUCCUGAACAUAGGGAGAUUUUAUCUUUAGACGCUGGAUUUGCUCAAACUCCUGUUUUACGAGAAAUUUUUAGUUUUCGGGAUUAUAUAGCUUCUCCACAAGAUAUACAUCAGGAAAUGAAACGUUUUGGAGUAGGUACUUUUAACACUGCUUUCGACAAUGAAGAUUUGGAGGUCAUAGCUUCCAAGAUUGCACCUUCGGUUGUAGCUGUUUCCUCUUUCUACGGCUCGAAAAUUAAAUUUGAUUGCUCAGGCCUCAUAAUACAUUGGAGUUCAAGUGAGAAAGAAGCAAUUAUAUUGACUUCUGCAAAACUCCUUUAUUAUCCAAAGGGUUCUGAAGUUGAAUUUCAUCUAAUUGUAAGGAUGGCAGAUGGAACUCUGCUUCUUGCUAAAGAAGAUCACGUCGACUACUACUACAAUCUUCUUACUCUGAAAGUUAAGCCCGUAGUGGAACCGGAAGUAGUAGAUUUGAGAUCUAGGCAAGCGGGCAUUGUUGAUGGGAUGAAUGUGAUCUCAUUUGGUCGUUCUUUGUUAACCUUCACCUUGUAUGGCGAUAGGGGAAAGCUAUCUGAGUAUCCUCCAUCUUUUGGGUGUUAUGAGCUUUCAGCAACUAAUUGUGGCAUCCCUGAGAUUGGUGAAGGUGGACCACUUGUCAAUGAUGAGGGAUAUGUGGUUGGGAUUAAUUUUUUUGGUCAUUAUCGCUGUGCUCAAGCACUUCCUACUCCCACUAUCCUAUCUUGCUUGGAGAUGUGGAAGUCCUUUAGUACUGUUCUGCGACCUUGGUUUGGAAUCAGAGUGAUUGAUGUGAAAGAAUACCGGAAACUAGUAUCAAAUCCAGGAAAGGAACUAGAUGCAUCCAAUCGAGAUUUAUCUGUUUCUGUCAAAGAGGUCCAUGAAGGAUCAGUUGCUUAUAAAAAUAAUGUGAAGUCAGGAGACAAAGUUGCUACUCUGAAUGGAACUAAAAUAGAAACUGUCAAGCAGUAUUCCCAAUUAUUGUCUGAGGCAUCGCGAGCAGCGACUGCUUGUGAAUCAGGUCAUCGUUUAAUGGCCGUCAUAAAUCCAUUUGAUCGUCCUACUGAUGAUAUAAUUAUUGAGGCCAACAACAUAUCGGUUGAUGACAAGAGAUUCUCUAGCUGUUGGCCGCUACUUGUUUCUGAUGAUUGGGACAACUGUUAAACUGAUCAAAGAAAUCCCUGGCUGCCUAUGCCGGAAGAAGACUACAUAUAUUAAAUUAUUGAAGUAUCUGUGGUAUUGGCUUUCUGUUGAUGAAGCUGUAAAAAGUCGAAGAGGCAAAUUGCAGAUGAGUUUCGCAUUUGUUGGAUUUGGACUGCUUGCUGCAUGCAAGACUUAUAAACAACUUUUAAUGCACUUGGGGUGUUUCGUGCUCGGGAAAAAACAUGAUUUUAUUAUUGAAUUAGUUUAUCAAUCCGUGAGAUUAUUUUGUUGGUAAGAUAUGUAUUUAAAUCCUUUUUCACUCAACUGAUAUGUUUAUAAGAGUAUUUGAAUCUUGGCUUGCGACAUAUUAAGCCUUAACCCUUAACUUCUAUAUUUGAAUCUGUUUAUGCUGGAUUCA